UCUAUAUAUAAUGGCUAAGAAUAAACUACAAGAUAAAUUUACAAAAGUUAAGAACAAAGUCCCAAAUUCUACUAGUACUAAAAAGGAAAAUAAAUUUAAAAUGUCAGUAUUGAAUACUGCAGUUACAGUCUUAUGUAUUGCCAUUGCAACCUGGUUCAGUUACAAGGGAUACUUGGAAACAAGAGUAAAUACACCAUAUGAUGUAGAAAAGCUAGUUACAGCUUCAGGAUUAGAUGUUGCAGAUAGAUAUUGGGGUACAUAUAGACCCGGUGUUUAUUUUGGGUUGAAAACAAGAGAUCCACAUUCUUUAGUAACAGGAUUGAUGUGGUACUUUCCACACCUAUUACGUCAAGAUGGUAGUGGCUUUAGACAUUGGUGCGAGCAAGGAGAUAGAUUAGAUAGGUAUGCAUGGAUGGAACAUGAUGGAAGAACUUUUGGUGUUCAAGAAAUAGCAGAUGGUUCAGCUAUUUUAAAUACUACGUUCGUCAAGAGAUCUGGAGGAAAACAUGGUGGUGAAUGGACAGCAAGAAUUGCUGUUACUUCUGAGAAACAAAUACGGGAUGGCGAAGAAAUUUCAUUACUUUUUUAUACUGCCACUGAAGAACACACUAGAGGAUGGAUUAAAGCCAACCUUGGUGAUGAAAAACAUAUAACAGGUGUAGAAGGAAAUACUCAGGGCUUGGGUUCAUUUACUAUAAACAUUAAUGUUGUACAAGGUAGUAUAGAGGAGCACUCGUUUCUAGCAACGGUUGCUCCUGGGUUAAGCCAUUUAAAAGAAACUGUUCUUCAAAACCUUAGAAUAGCAUCUCACAAAGGAUCAACAAAGAAACAUAUAGUUUUAGCUGGUGAACAAGUACCGUUAUCGAUAGAUGGAAAAAAGAGAGAUGCAAACUUUAUUGUGUCACAAAUAACAGGAAGAAUUCCUUUCGCUAUAGAAGUCAGUUAUGAAUCUGGUAGUUUUAUAAAUAGGGUUGAUAAAUUAACAGGUGAAAAUUAUGAGCGUGCUUUAGAAAUGCAGCGUAAAUUAUUCGAUGGGAAAUUUGAAGAGACAUUUAAAUUAAGAUUAAAGAGUUACACGGAAGAAGAGAUUAAAUUUGCAAAAAUGGCACUGUCAAAUAUGGUAGGUUCUAUAGGAUAUUUCUAUGGAGCUUUACAAGUACAAAGCCAAUAUACUAAAGGACCUGUGCCUUACUGGAAAGCACCUUUGUACACUGCUGUACCUAGUAGAAGCUUUUUCCCACGAGGUUUUCUAUGGGAUGAAGGUUUCCAUGGCUUACUGAUAUCAAUCUGGGAUUUAGAAAUUGAACUAGAUAUUAUAAAUCACUGGUUCGAUUUAAUGAAUAUUGAAGGCUGGAUUCCGAGAGAAAUGAUUUUAGGACAGGAAGCUCUGGCAAAAGUUCCAGAAGAAUUUGUCACACAAGUCAAUACAAAUGCCAAUCCACCUACAUUCUUUUUAACUUUACGUUUCAUUCUUGAACAUAGUCGUAAAGAACUGUUGGAGAAACAUUUUCGAUUCCUUGAUAAACUGUAUCCUCGUCUUCAGACUUGGUUUAAUUGGUUUAACACUACACAAACUGGGGAUUUGCCAAGUACGUAUAGGUGGCGAGGCAGAGACGGUGUUACGAAUAGAGAAUUGAAUCCAAAGACGCUCACAUCCGGAUUAGAUGAUUACCCAAGGGCAUCUCAUCCAAAUGUUGAUGAACGACAUGUCGAUCUACGCUGCUGGAUCGCAUUUGCUGCUGAUAUUAUGUAUCAGAUCAGUGAUAUUUUAAAUCAUCCUGAUAACAAAUAUCAACAGACAUCUCAAUAUUUAGCAGAUAAUAAUUUAUUAAAUAAACUACAUUGGUCGCCAAAUACACAAACUUAUGCAGAUUUUGGAUUGCAUACAGAUAAAGUAUCUUUACGAAGACCGACUCCACCUCCAAGAUCCCAUACACAAUCAUCAGAAAUGAUACGGGUUGUUCUAGAAGAUCCAACUUUAAAAUAUGUGGACUCGUCUUUUGGUUAUGUUUCAUUGUUCCCAUAUAUCUUACAAAUUAUCGAUCCUCAGUCUCCACAAUUAGGUAAAGUACUGCAGGAUUUAAUGAAUCCCAAUCUUUUGUGGACUAAGUGUGGCUUGCGUUCACUCGCAAAGACAUCACCAUUGUAUAUGAAACAUAAUACUGAACAUGAUGCUCCUUACUGGAGAGGAGCUAUUUGGAUGUGUUUAAAUUACUUAACAGUACGAGCAACUCAUCACUAUUCUAAAGUAGAAGGUCCGUAUCAAGAGAAAGCGAAAAAUAUUUACCGGAAUUUAAAACAAAAUUUGAUACAGAACAUCAUCAAACAAUAUAAAAAAUCGGGAUAUGUGUGGGAAAAUUAUGGAGACGUUCAUGGAGAAGGCAAAGGUAGUCAUCCAUUUACUGGUUGGACAUCUCUGGUUGUUCUUAUUAUGGCAGAAAUUUAUUAAUUUUAGUCUUUGUGUUGUGCAUAAUUACUUCCACAUAUAUUACUUAAAU